AACUCUUUCGGGUUUCGGAAGCUUUCUUUCCAAAAUAAAAUUCAGGAUCUCCUUCUAAAACCCAAAGCCUCUCUCUUCACAGAGACAAGACUUUUUUUUUUUUUUUUUUUUGUUCUGAGAAAGAUCCAGUGAGAUUCUGUUUUUCAUGGAAGAGCCGGAUGAGAGAGAUGCUUCUGGCAGUGUUUCGGAGUCAACUGUCACUGCUAGGGAGCAUUUAGUGGAUGAUUCCGGUGUUAGUGUUAGUAAGGAGCGGGUUGAGAGUUCGUUGUCUGAGGAGGUGGGGAGAGCGGAAGGGGGUGAUGGGGUUUGUAAUGGUGGUGGUGAGGAUAUUAUGGUGGAAGUUUUGGGUUCUGACGUUUAUUUUGAUGGUGUAUGUACUGAUAGAACUGCUGGGAAUUUGGAUGUUGGUUCAACUGGGGAGGAGCCCGAGAGGGCUGGGAUAUCUCCUUGUGGAGAUGCCGGUGUCAUUGAUGAGCCUGAUGUAGGGGUUUCUGGUGGCAUGGAAAGUGAGAGAGUAUCAGGGGAUGGGGAAUCAAUGAAAAGAACAUCUCAAGAAGGUGAGGAGGGUGAUGAAAGAGCUGUCGAUGCAAUGGUUCUUGAUAAUGAUGCUCGGGUGGAUGAUUCUUCGACAGUUGCAGGUCAUGUGAACAGAGAGACUGAAGCUAUUUGUGGAGAGGAGGAAAACACUGGAAGCAAGGACAAGGAGGCUAUGGAUGUAGAUACUCGGGUGGGAUCCAGUCAAGAUAAUCUAGUCCAUAAUAGUCCAGAUGAUAAAGUUUUGAACAAUGAAGAACCGCAGAGAGUGGAGGUUCAUUCUGAGCAAUCAAAGAAUUCUCCCACAGAGAAUGGGUUUGGAGAAGACUUAGUGCAUACAGAUGGGGGAAGCCAACUUGUAAAAGAGGAAGCUUCAAUAAGUGAUGGGGAAGAAAGUCUGGAAAAAGGAACAGGUCAGAGGAGUGUGGAGGAAGAGCGGAUUAUUGAUACACCAGUUGGCCUGCAGGGUACAGGACUUGGAGUUUCAGAUGUUGAUGCACGGAAUGCUGGAAUUAAGACUUCAACUUCUUCUGCCGAUGGUAGUGAAAAUUCACAUUCACAGGGCCAAGAUGCUACUGAAAAAGAUCCCGACAUGUUAUCUGAAAAGGAUUUGAAUCCUGAAGUUAUUUCUCAGAGUGAUGGUUCAGAGAAAGACCUUUCUAAUUUGGAAAGGGAUGAGAGUUGUAUAGUUGAGGCGGAGCAUGAGAAUAUAGGAAAAAGUGAUCAUAUAGAUGAUCAGAACCAAGUUGCUGGAGGAGGGGAACUUCCCAAUAGCAUUUUGACUCAUGAGAAGAAGAUUGCUGGUGAUGAAAAGCUUGGCUUGUGUACGGGGCCAAAGUCAGUUGAAGUCACAGAAAUAGCAGCACAGACACUUAAUAGUGAGAAUUUAGAUCCAAGUGUAGCUGUUCCUGAAAAUGUGGUGGAUUUGGGUCCAUCUAUAGCUGUUACUGAACAUGUGGUGAGUAUGGAUUCAAUACCAUCAAGUCAACUAAACCAUGGUGCUGAGGUAGAUGUUGCAACAGAAAAUGAUGGUAAAGUUUUGGCUCCGAGUGUUGAAGUUUCUGCUGAAAAUGAGCAAAAUUUGAUUCUGCAGAUAGAAUGCAGGAAUAUGGAGCCGGAUUCUCAAUCCAAUGGACAAGGAGGGGGUAUUGGCAUAGAAGUUGAGGAAAAUGCUGUUAUCGAUAAUAAUCUGGCUGAUUUUGAGACUGUGGAAGAAAUGGAAGUUGAUCAAAAUUUCAAUGGUAACCAGAUGGGUUUACAUGGUGAGGAAGAAAUGGAAGAUGUGACAGGUAUUGAUAAUGAUGACGAUCAAAUUGGAAGUUCUGUACAAUUGCGUCAAGCUCGUUAUCACCUGCCAGCAGAGAAUGAAGGUGAUUUUUCUGUUUCUGAUUUAGUGUGGGGUAAAGUGAGGAGCCAUCCUUGGUGGCCAGGUCAGAUAUUUGAUCCGUCUGAUUCUUCUGAGAAGGCAAUGAAGUAUUAUAAAAAGGACUAUUUUUUGGUUGCUUAUUUUGGGGAUCGUACAUUUGCUUGGAAUGAGGUGUCUCAUUUAAAGCCAUUUCGGACGCAUUUCUCUCAAGAAGAGAUGCAAAGCCAUUCAGAAGCUUUUCAAAAUUCUGUUGAGUGUGCUCUAGAAGAAGUCUCUAGACGAUCAGAGUUGGGGCUAGCAUGUGCUUGCACACCCAAAGAAGCAUAUGACAUGAUUAAAUGUCAGAUUAUUGAAAAUGCUGGUAUUCGAGAAGAAUCAUCUAGAAGAUAUGGUGUAGAUAAAUCUGCCAGUGCCAUAUCAUUUGAACCGGCUAAAUUAAUUGAAUACAUUAGGGACUUGGCGAAGUUUCCAUGUGAUGGCAGUGACCGUUUGGAACUAGUGAUAGCUAAGGCCCAGCUGACAGCUUUUUAUCGUCUAAAGGGGUAUUGUGGCCUGCCUCAAUUCCAGUUUGGUGGUUUGCCUCAGUUCCAGUUUUGUGGGGGGCUGGCAGACAAUGAGUUAGACGGUUUAGGCAUUGAAAUGCAAUCAAGUGAUUUUGUUCACCAUGCAGCUCCUUGUCAGGAUGAUGCACAGACGUCUCCUUGUAAGGAGAAUUUGGAAGGUCGGAGUAAAUCUUAUCAUAAACGCAAACAUAAUUUGAAGGAUGGUCUGUAUCCUAAGAAAAAAGAAAAGAGUUUGUAUGAACUAAUGGGUGAAAAUUUUGACAAUAUAGAUGGAGAAAAUUGGUCUGAUGCAAGGACGACUUCCACAUUGGUGUCACCUUCUACUAAGAGACGGAAGACUGUUGAACAUGCUAUUGAUGAUACUGGUGUGCCAGAUGGAAGGAAAACUAUUUCUGUUGCAAAGGUUUCUGCAACUGCAUCUCUUAAACAGUCCUUCAAAAUUGGGGAUUGUAUUCGUCGGGUUGCAAGUCAGUUGACUGGUACACCUCCAAUCGUCAAGUCUAAUAGUGAGAGGUUCCAAAAGCCAGAUGGAAGUUUUGAUGGGAAUGCACUUUAUGAAUCUGAUGUUUUCCUCCAGAACUUUGAUGAUGCCCAAAGAGGGAGGGUAAAUUUUCCUCCAGAAUACUCCUCCCUGGAUCAAUUGCUCGGUCAACUUCAACUAGUGGCAAGUGAUCCCAUGAAGGAUUACAGCUUCUUGAACAUAAUUGUCAGUUUUUUCACUGAUUUUCGAGAUUCGUUAAUUCUGAGGCAGCAGCCUGGGAUUGAGGAGGCCUUGGACAGAAUCAGUGGUAGGAGGAAAGCACAAAUUACUUCUACUGUUGCUUCACCACAGACUUUUGAAUUUGAGGACAUGAGUGACACUUACUGGACAGACAGGGUAAUCCAGAAUGGGACUGAAGUGCAGCCACCUCGUAAAAACAGAAAACGAGAUUACCAACUCGCAGUUGCAGAGCCAGAAAAGGCUCUUCCAGGAAGCCGCAGGCCGUACAAGAAGCGACAUUCUGCUGGAAAUCCUGCUAUGACAGCUGAGAAGUUUACUACCUCUGUAUAUCAGCCAUCUCCCGCUGAACUUGUAAUGAACUUUUCUGAGGUGGAUUCUGUGCCAUCAGAAAAAACCCUGAAUAAUAUGUUUAGGCGGUUUGGACCCUUACGAGAAUCUGAGACAGAAGUUGAUAGGGAGGGUGGUCGUGCAAGGGUAGUUUUCAAAAAAUCUUCUGAUGCGGAAAUUGCUUAUAGCAGUGCUGGAAGGUUCAGCAUCUUUGGACCAAGACUUGUAAAUUAUCAGCUCAGCUAUACUCCUUCUACCUUGUUUAAAGCUUCACCUAUUCCCAGACUUCAGGAUCAGGAAAUGCAUCUUGAUCUUAGCUCAACUCAGUUCCAAGAAAUGCAACUAGAUUUAUCCUCUUUCCACGACCAUGAAAUGCAGCUCGAUUUAUCAUCAAUUCAUGACCAGGACAUGCAACUUGAUCUUUCCACGAUUGAAUACCAGGAAAUGGAAUCUGUUCUUGGUUCACACCAUGAUCAGGAGAGUAAACCUAAUUACAAUGCUCAUCUUGGGGAGAUGCAGGCUGGUUAUUCAACAAUCCAAUAUGAUAGGCAAUCUGAUCUUUCCUCUAUGCAUGACCAGGAACUGCAAACUGUUUUUGCUUCAAACCAGGAGACGCAAUCAGUUCCUGUUACUUCUCAAGACCAGGAAUUGCAUCAUAAUUUCACAUCAAACCAGCUUGUGGAGAUGCAAGCAGAUCACACUCUAACUCCUCAUCAUCAUGAUGAGCCACCAGUUUCUGCCUCAACUCCGGAGCAGAAUAUGCCACCAGUUUUUGCCACAAUCAAGGAGGAGAAGACACAGCCAGCUAUUACUACACUCCAAGAAGAGUCACAUUCAGUUCUCGGAAUCAUCCAGGAGCAAGAGACGCACACUAUUCUAGACACUGCCCAACUGGGUAGGAUGCAAGCCGAUCUUAAUCCAACCCAUCACGAAGGGCAAACUGUUCCUGCCGCAAGUCUGGAACAGGAAACGCAGCCAGCUUUUGCCAUGAUCCAGGAGGGGACACAGCCAGUUCUGGCCACAAGCCAGGAGCAAGAGAAGGUAGCUAUUAUUGGCACUGCCACGGUUCAUCACGAGGAGCAGCAGCCUGUUCCUUCAAUACCCAAGGAGCAGGAUAUGCAACCUGUUCUUGCCACAAUUCAGGAGAAUGAGAUGUUGCCAGUUCUUACCUCUACUGAGGAUCAUGAGAGGGAACUUGUGACAACAUCAGAGGAGUUAUUGGGGGAACCUGUUCCUGCCAUGACAGAAGGGCAAGAAACACAACAUGCUCUUGGCACAGUGAAGGGGCAUGAGGAAGAGGAUGUUCUUGGAACAAAAGAGCAGGAAGCUCAAUCUGUUACCCCUGCAACUCAUGAACAAGAAGACACGCAGCCAGUUGUUUUAAUGGGGAAGGAGGCUCAAGAAGAAACUCAGCUGGCUCCUGGUUUUACAGAGGGGCAGGAAACACAAGUUCUUGACACUACGGAGGGGCAUGAGUCUGAGCAUGAUCUUGCUGCAAAUGAGCAGGCCACUCAACCUGUUACUGUAGCUGAUGAACAAGACGAUACACAGCCACUUGUUUUAGUUGGUGAGGAGGCUCCGGAAGAGACUCAGCCUAUUCUUGCCUCAACCCAGGAACUGGAGACUGAGCCAGACCAUACCUCAGCCCAGGAGUUGGAACACGAUGAGGAUGCUAUGCAAGGGCAGGAGUUGCAACCUGAUCACGUGACAACUGAGGAGGAGCAUGAGGCUGUGCCAGACUCUCUAUCCCAGGUGCAGGAUGUGCAGUCCAACCAUGCUACAGAACUUGAGCAGGAUCUGCUUCCUGAUAAUACUAUAAAUGAGGUGCCAGAUGUGCAAUGUGAUAAUGACAUGAAUCAAGAGCAGGAGGUACAUGGUAAUAAUACAAAUCAGGAGCAGGAGGAACAACAUGGUAAUGACAAAAAUCAGGAGCAGGAGGUACAACAUGAUAAUAACACAAAUCAGGAGCAGGAGGUACAACAUGAUAAUAACACAAAUCAGGAGCAGGAGAUGCAACAUGAUAUUCCCACAAAUCAGGAGCAGGAGAAGGAAUAUGGUAAUCCCACAGAUCAGGAGCAGGAGAAGGAAUAUGGUAAUCCCACAGAUCAGGAGCAGGAGAAGGAAUAUGGUAAUCCCACAGAUCAGGAGCAGGAGAAGCUAUGUGACAAUGCAGCAGAUAACGAGCAGGAGAAGCAAGUGGAUAAUGCAGCAGAUCAGCAGCAGGAGAUGCAAUGCGACAAUGUUAGGAGUCAGGAGCAGGAGAUGCAAUGUGACAACCCUACGAGUCUGGAUCAGGAGAUGCAAUGUGAUGAUACCACGAGUAAGGAGCAGGAGAUGCAAUGUGACAAUUCCACAAGUCAGGAGCAGGAGAUGCAAUGUGACAAUUCCACAAGUCAGGAGCAGGAGAAGCAAUGCGACAAUGCCACAAGUCAGGAACAGGAGAAGCAAUGUGAUAAUGCCAAAAGUCAGGAGCAGGAGAUAGAAUGUGAUAGUGAGGCAGAUAAGGAGCAUGUAGUGCAAUCUGGUGAGGCUAAAUCCAAUGAGCAGGAUGCACAAUCUGAUCGUGAGCAAGAAUUGCAAGCUGAUCAUGAUGCCACCAACCAGGAGCAGCAGACAGAAUCCAAUUUUGGCACACAAGAGCAGGACAUAGAAUCUGAUGUUGAGAAACAUCCUACCCAAGAUCAGGCGAUGGCACCUGAUCUUGUAGCGAUUCCAGACUCAGACACACAUACUAAUCCUGUCUCCAUGAAGGACCAGGAUACGCAACUUGGUAUUUCAUCUCUGGGAAAGAGCACAGAUUAAAUUUCAGGUAAUACACAAAUGCAAUAGUCAACUGAAGAACACAUCACCGCUAACGAGAGAAUAACACAACAGGCGCCAGAAGAGGUAACCAGACCAUCAUUUGAAGAUUCGCAUCUGGUUGUCGGUUCCAUUUGGAGUUUGCUUGAGGCUCGGCCCCUUCGUUUCAUUCUCAAAUAUUGCCAGGUUUUAAUAUUGUAACGUAGAUCCUCCCCAGUAGUAUUUAGUUGAAUGUAAAUUUAUGUUAGCUGAAGUUUAUCCACCUACUGUCUGUUGAUUUUUUUGGCGGAGGCCGGCUUUUGAAUCUGAUACAUCUGGCAUUGUACAUGACAUUUUCCAAUCACAGCCAUUGAAGUGAAGGCUGAAGGGGCUUAUUUGGAAGUCAUAUGGUUUUGAAACUUCAUGCAACAGCUUGGAUAGUUGCUUCAUUGUAUAGCAAUCUUGGGGGUUGGAAUCAUGGGGUUCUUUAGAAUCUGAGCCCUCAUUUUGAUUUUGAUGAUUGAGAUUUUGCCACCCGCCUAUUUCUUGUUUGAAUGAUGAAAUAUAGCUCUAGAAAGAAUAUAAAAUGGAAGUGCUUUAGAUCGAAUUGCUUGAUUCUAAUUAGUUUGGACAGGACACUCAUUUGUUGGGAAUUCUUCUACACUACUGGAGUGUCAUAUUUCUCUUGUUGACAUUAUAAAUUUAUCUUCACAAA